AUGCCUCCAAAGAAGGUUAUCGAAGACUCGGAAAGUGAAGAUGAAAGAGUUGUCCAUUCCGCUCAAUCAAAUGAUAAAUACCAGACUGUAACAAAGAAGAGAAGUGUACUUUACGAAUCAAGCUCUGAUGAAGAACUUGGCCAAGAGUCUGAAAUAAUGACAGACUCCAGCUCGGAGCAUGAAUCAGAUUAUGAAAGUAAUGAUAUUGAUGACGAUAAUGAAGAGGAUAUAGAAUCUAGAUUCAAAAAGAUUGAGAGAAAGGUGUUGGAAAAGGCUUGCAUUAAUAAGGAAAGCAUGCCCAACCAACUCAUUGUCCAUACUAUCGAAUUGCACCAAUUCAAGUCAUACCGUGACGUAUGCACAGUUGGACCUUUUUCAUCGGAUUUGAAUUGCAUCAUUGGCUCGAACGGAUCAGGAAAAUCAAAUAUUAUUGAUGCUAUUUGCUUUGUUUUUGGGUUUGAUUCUAAGGAUUUGAGGGCUAAGAAUUUGGCUCAACUCGUCAACAAUCAAACUUCCAACACGACAAACGACACUUACGUGAAAAUUUCUUUUCAUCUAAUCAAUAGAGAAUCAAGAGAAAAGCUCGAUUGGUUUGACAUUGAACGAAGAAUCAAGUCUGGUGAGCUUGGUGCUAGCCACUAUUGUAUUACAGACAAUACCGGAUCAAGGAAGGCAUCAAAGAAGGAUGUUAAACAGUUAUUGACAAAACAUGGAGUUGAUUUUGACUAUCCUGACCGAUUUAUAGUUUUACAACAUAAUACUGUCAAGCUGGUAAAACAAAAUCCAAAUGAAAUGAUGAGCUACUUGGAGCAUUUAUUUGGUACUGAUCAGAUACGAGACGAAAUGAAAAAAAUUGAUAUUGAAAUAUCAGAUAGCUCAAAGCAGCUGGAAAAUAUUGACAAUGAGAAGCAAUCCAUUCUCAAAGAUCUAGAAAUUAUAAAGCCAAAGGUGCAGCAAUAUGAAAAAUUCGUUUCCCUCAAAGAAAAGGCUGAAAAAUUGAGCUCAGAGCUUGAAGUAGCAAAAUGGAGAUAUAACAGCUUCAAGCUAAAGUCUUUCAAGUUGGCCUUAGGAAGUGCUGAAAAGGACUUAUCAAAGUUGCAAUCUGAUUUGAACAGUAACCAAAGCGAGAAGAACAAAUUAGCAAAAAAACACCUCGAUUUAACAAAGAAGUUGGAGGACACAGAAGAAGCAUUUGAUAAUUUGAAACAUGUGAUCAAAUCUCAUCAAAAAUCCUUAGCAAAGAAGAAGGCAACACUUGCAUCUAUUGCUAGAAACGUCGAUGAAGUAUCACAGAAUCUUAAAAAGCUCUCUGAUAAGAUUGAUAAAUCGAAAGACGAAGAAGAAAAGAUCUCUCAGCAAAUACAGACAGCAGAAAAGUCCAUAAAAUCUGAUCAAAACCAACAGGAAAUAGUGGAGAGAGAAAGGAAAGCGCUUACCGAAGCAAUUUCUCAGGACCCAAAAAUGCAGGAAUACAGGCAUACGUUGGAACAAGUUCAACAGCUAAGGGAAAUGCAAGAUUAUCAAAGUCUUAAAUUGAAAGAACAGAAACAUUUUGCAGCAAUGCAAGGCAUAGAGGCAGCAAAUCACAACAUUAGCAUGUCACAACAUGAAGCAGAGCGUAUUGCAACAGAAAUAUCUUCAAUAGAACAUCAGGAAGAACAGCUGAAGAACGAUUUAGAAAAAAGCCAACAGAUAAUAGAAAAAUUAUUGGCAAAACACCGAGAAUUGCAAAUAGCUAAGGACCAACUAUGCCAGCAACAAAUGGUUUGCGAAACAUCUCUUAGAAGCAUCAAUGAACAUAAUGAACAUUAUAGAUUUGUUAGAACGGUUCACGAGCUUUCGAAACAGCCAUCAAGUGGUUGUUUUGGAACAUUGAGUGACCUUUACGAGCUAAAGGAUGAGGCAUACUUUGAUGCAGUCAACUCUGCUCUUUGUCCAUUGUUGAAAAACACAGUGGUUGUUGAAUCAAGGGAUGCAGCACUGAAAAUUGUGAAUUUCUUUAGACAGAACAAAAUUGGAAUUGUGACGUGUGAAAUUUUGGAUGAAGUUUCAACAAGUUCAAGAAUAGAGCGAUUUAUUGACGAAUCUGAACUAAUUCCAAUGAUGGAUGUUAUUUCCUGCGAUUCACCCUUUCGACCAUUGCUAUUUAAACACACUAAUAAUUGGUAUAUUACAUCCAAUAUCUCAACUGCAAAGAAAUAUUCUCGUAGCGACCACAAGAUGAAUAUUGUUACUUUAAAUGGAGAGAUAUUUAAAAGCUUUGGAGAAAUCUCUUCCAAUGCUGUCAACAAGUAUUCUUCAUCAUUGAGUGAAACGUUGAUACGCAGCAAGAGCUGUUCAAAAUUAUUAGAUCAUACCAAAGAUUCGUCCCAGACAGAACGUUUACUCAAAGAAAUACAAAAUAGAAUGACUGACAACGCCAAUUCAAUAGAACAAAACAGGAAAGACCUUGAGGACGAAGAGGCUCUUGUGCGUAUCAACAAUGUACAGCUCUACAACUUUAAAGAAAAAAAGGAACAGCUUCACAAGGAUAUGGACACAUUGGCCAAACAAAUUUCCAACUACAAGCUUGAAUUGUCCUCCUAUUAUGAAAUCACAUCUCAGACAACAUUAAAUGCGCAAGAAGAACAAUUGUUAUCGACAUAUAGACGAAAUAUAAGCACCCUCGAACAAAUGUUAGACAAUUAUCAAACAACAUCCAUUGUUCAACAUUUUUCUAAAUUAAGAAAUUAG